ACAGGAAGCGUCUCUUCUUCUGGAGGAACACUGGAGGAAGCCGCACGGCAACAAUGGCAGCGACCUUGUGCAGAGCGUGCUGUUCAUAACAAUUUAAUUAGUGAACCACCUGAAAUGCUCUUAUAUUGACCACGCUAAGUGACAGCUCGGUGUUCACAGAGCCCCUUUCCAGAUCGACAUCAUGAUUUCGCUCAUCAAGGCUGCUGUCGGCGGAUUGACCGGUAUCAGUAGAGCCCCUGGUCACCGACAAGGACCUUUGUACAACCACUUGAAGGUCCUAGCUGCUGGGCUUAAGACAUAUGACAUCCCUCCAGACUACAGUGAUGUGGUGCUGCCAGAGAAACCGAAACUGAAGUUUAUGAACAAGGUGCCUAACUUAAAAAAGGCUAAGAAAGAGAUGAAGAGGCUGCGGGAUAUCCAAGGCCCAGCUAGGGCAGCAAAUGCCUUCACUACAGGACAGUACGCUAUUGUGGCCAUGGGAGGGGGCUACCUUCAUUGGGGUCACAUAGAGAUGAUGCGUCUAACAAUCAACCGCAAGAUGGAUUCCCGGACUACAUUUGCCCGCUGGCGCAUCAAUAGCCCAUACAAGCCCAUCACACGUAAAGGUCUGGGUCAGCGCAUGGGUGGGGGCAAGGGAGCCAUCGACCACUAUGUGACACCUGUCCGCUACGGUCGUUUAAUCGUGGAGGUGGGUGGAAAGGUGGAGCUGGGGGAGGUUGAGCACAUCUUGACUGAAGUGGCAAAGAAGCUACCCUUCCCCGCCAAGGUAAUGAGCAAAGAGAGCCUUGCGGCGCUGCAAAAGAAGCAGGCUGAUAUGGAGCAGAACAACCAGAAUCCCUGGACCUUUAAGCAGAUAGCGCAGGGCAACAUGCUGGGUAUCAGGAAGGUGCUCAGCCCCUUUGACUUGCGCAACCAUGGACGCUUCACGGGCAAAUUUCACCUCCCGGGGAGGGUGUGACAGACCUGAGGGACAGAAAUCAAUACUGUCAUACUGUGACACCAUCCAGACCACAGCAUUGAGGAGGCAACGAAAAUUUUGGAAGCCCCUGACUUUCAGUCAUAUUCGGGGAUCUUCUUUCAUUUUUUUUUUUUUUUAUGCAAACAUACCAGUGUAUUUGACAUUUUCUUAAAUGGACUUCUUUUUCCUUUUCCUGCUUAAAAAAAAACCUAAUAAACUAGAUUGUGUAUUUCAGUUUCA